CUCCAUUUGUUCAGACAUGUUGUUCAGGGUUCCCUGCUUAAUUCUUGUCCUUGUAUUUUGGGGUCCAGUUUGCAGCGGACCCCAGACAAACCUCCCCCCAAAAAUAACGGACCAGGAGCUGUUCUGGGGCGCCGACCAGUACGACUUCUCUGUGGUGCUUCGUGCUGCGGGGAUGGAGUGUUUCUGGCACUUUGCUCACCGUGGAGAGAGAUUCUACCUGAGCUUCAUGGUCCAGUGGGUGACGGGAGUCGGCCAUGACAGACACCUGUCCGUCACCGUCAACGCUCCCAGUGGUCUGAUAGUGUCGACUGCCGACGAUGCAAAGGGUCAGAUGAACUUUGAGGUGGAGGAAACAGGUUUCUAUCAGAUGUGUUUCAACAACUUCCACAACCGCUUCGGCACCAUGCAAGUCUUCCUCAGCUUCGGGGUUUACUACGACGGCUUCAAAGACCCCGCCAAGCACAAGGAGGAAGACAAGAAGAAGAAAGAGGAAGCCAGCAAAGACCUGAACAACACACUGAGUGUCAUCGAGGACGCAAGUCUCAAAGUGGAGAACUACGUCUUCCACAUGUUCCGCUACUACAGCUUCAGCCGCAUGAGGAAGAGCGCUGACUACUUCCUGCUGCUGUCCAACUCGCAGUACAUUUCCUGGUGGUCGACAGCCCUCAGCCUCCUCAUCGUCACCUCCGGCUACCUGCAGCUCCUCUUCCUGAAAAGACUCUUCAUCACCAAGACCUGCACGGAGGACGAGAAACCCCGCUGCUGACGGACUCCGUGUGGAUUAGGAUGUUCAGAAAUCUGUGAGAAACCUUCAGAUCUGUCUGUCUGUGUGUUUUUACACAGUUUAAUAAUAUAAAAACUGUGUUCCCUUUGAAAAUGUACCCGUUCUUUAACUUCAAAGUAUUAUUCAUUUGUAAUCUUACACACUAAAUGAAGAUACUUUCUCCAGGAAUUCAAUAAAAGUUAUG